GCUUGACUUCUAGAUUAGGAAAAUGCCGCGGCUGCGGCCCCACCGAUGUCAUCCUCGGACAGGAGCUCAAUGAAUACACACAUUCCCCUUUCAAACCGAGAAUGAAAAGAAAUAAUAAGCAUCACAGCAGCUUCACAAAAAGUAGAGAAACUUCAGUUACCCUCGAUAAAGUACAACAAGGUGCAUAGUAUCAAAUUAUAUCCAAACAUGGCAUCGAACGAACUAUUCAAAAUUCCCAUUCCGGCAAUCAAGUCGCAUCCGGGAGGCAACAUCGUCUGUACAUCUCCAAAGCCUCAAGUCUAUGUUCUCACAUGGACCUCCCCGCCAGACAACAGGUUUACACCCGCCUUUAAUACGGCGCUGAUGACGGCGCUCGAUACCAUUGAAUUCGGCCAUCCACCAGGUGUUGUUAUAACGACUUCAUCCAUUUCUAAGUUCUACUCCAAUGGCCUCGAUUUCAAGCUUGCCGUAUCGUUACCCGGAUUCUGGGAGAACAGCCUGUACCCAUUGUUUCGACGGUUCUUAACUUAUCCCAUGCCAACAAUCGCUUUGAUCAACGGCCACGCCUUCGCCGGCGGGUUCAUGUUAGCUAUGCAUCACGACUAUCGAAUCUUCACAGGCUCAAAGGGCUACUUGUGCAUCAACGAGCUCGAAUUCGGCGCGCCACUACUACCACCCAUGAGUUCCAUUUUCAGGAUGAAAACUACUCCUAACGUAUAUCGCAACAUGGUUCUCGAGGCGCGACGCUUUGAUGCCAAGGCUGCGCUAGAAGCCGGCUUGGUGGAUGGCAUUGGCGAGAUGGAUACAGCUCUGAGCUUAAUUGAGGAACGGUCGCUAAUCAAGAAAGGAUCCACCGGCGUCUACGGGCUGUUGAAGGCUGAGAUGUAUCGCGAGAGUGUAGCACUGUUAACCGCCGCGGGCAAAGAGGCGGCCAAAACUAUGGACAUACAAGAAGCUGAGAAGAAACGGAAAGAAGAAGGCGCAAAACGAUUCAAGGAAGCACAGAGUAAUAAGGCAAAAUUAUAAAGUCUUAAUAACUUUACUUAUGUUUUUCCAAUUGCUAGUUUGACGCUUUUGAAUAUGUAUUUCAGCGCAGGUGUGGUGUCGCAUUUGAGGUUGUCGUUCACAUGUUAAGGAGAUUUCUGGACAUAUGCAUACUAUGUAUAUUAGGUAUUUAUGUAUUUAGGCGAUAGGCGACUGACGUCAUCGGUACGUAAGGAACUCAAAGUCCUUCAACCCAUACGCGAAUCUUUAA